UAUAAAUGUAAGAUAUGGCGGAAUGUUUACAUACUGUUGGUUUGUCUGCAAGCUCGGUGAAUAUGUGAGCUUUUCCUCAUUGCAUGACACUGAGAGUCUGAUCAUUGGCCUUCUACAGUUCAACAAAAACACUUAAAGACUACAACAUUUGGUAAUCUGAAUAGAUCUGAGAGAUUCCUGACAAUCAGCUGACAAAAAUAUAACAAAUGGAUUAGUAACAAAUGGAUCAGUAACAAAUGGAUCAGUAACACAUGGAUCAGUAACAAAUGGAUCAGUAACAUUUUAUGUGAUUGCAUAUUUAAAAACUCUGUUCGAAGGAAUUAAUGAAACUUGUUCACAAAGUCAAAAAAAGGAUAUGUGUGCCCCACCGCCAGGGUAUCAUAAAGCAAUUUGUAUUUGCAAUUGUUGAAUUUGAAUUCAUACAUUUUGACUUUGAAAUAAGAUACUGACUCUGCUGAUGUAGAUUAUACUGUGAAGGUUUAACUGCUGAUGUAGAUUAUACUAUGAAGGUUUAACUGCUGAUGUAGAUUAUACUGUGAAGGUUUAACUGCUUUCAAUAAACAGUGUUUUAACGUUUAACCAGCAAUAUGGAUUUGGAAAUGAGUUCAAUGGGGUCGGGUGAGCAGAUAGUGGCAGACGUGGAUGAUGUGACCCUCGAGGAUGACCUGGAGUACAGCCGUGCUAUGUACUUAGAGGAGAAUAUAGAACCCAUUGAGUACAGUCGUCACAUCAAUGAAGUUGAUGAAAUCAUACCAUUUGAUUACGAUACAAUGGGGGUGGUUGAGGAUAUUAAAGUUCCUCCACAUGAGUACAGUAAAGCUGUCUAUGAGGUUACUCAUGUAGAACCGCAGCCAUUUACUGCAGCCAUCAACGAGAUCUCGGUUCACGAACCUUACCCAUAUGAAAGAAAUAUUGAUGAAUAUGAAGAGACCAUAAAUUUCAAGUAUACAAAAGUAAUAUAUCAUGAAAGUGAGUCCAUUGUAACUGAGCACUCUCGUGGUAUGGAUUCAUUGACCGAGGUGUUGCCUUUUACGUACAACAACAGACUUAAUCAUGAAACUGAUGUGGAGAAUUUCGAGUACAGUGAAACGAUGUACAAAUUGACAGAUGUCAAGGUAGCCGAGUAUGAAAAUGGAAUGCAUGAAGUAAGUAUGUCUGAAAACAAGGAUUAUAGUCGCGGCAUGAACAACCGAGGGUCCAGCGAGGCGAGCAGGUACCAAGGAGGAUUUGACAAACAAGAGGAGACAACUGUGUUUGAGUACAUGGGAGGUUUACAUGACAAGGGUGAAAGCAAUGUACAUAAAUAUGAAUCUGGCAUGCAUGAUGUGUCUGAAGUACAAGGUGAGGAUUAUAGUAAAGGCAUAGAGGAGGUGAUGACCUCAGAAAUCAGGGAGUACAGUAAGGGAAUGGAUGAAAAAGCUAAUAUUCCCUUUCAUGAACACAUGCAAGGGGUCAAUGUUGUGACCGCUGGUAAUCCUAUAAUACAUAGUCGUACUGUGAAAGAGAAGACUAAAGGUCACGCCUUUAAACAUAGCUACACACUGUUCGAGAAAUCUAAAGGUGAAAGUAUGAAACACAGUCUUGGAUUCAAACUCAAAACUGUGGAACCAACCUUUGAGUAUACAAGGGCAGUUUGGCAGUUACUGGAAGCUGAACCCCUGUCCCACGAGAUCCCGCUUAAUGCAAUGGCUGGAUAUGAAGAGGACUAAUGGAGAGUGACAGCUAUACAGCUGUCCUAGGUCUAAUUACAUACAACUACACUGUAAUAUGUAACACUGUCAAGGUCAGUUAUCUGUAACACUGUCCAGGUCAGUUAUCUGUAACACUGUCGAGGACUAAUGGAGAGUGACAGCUAUACAGCUGUCCUAGGUUUAAUUAUAUACAACUACACUGUAUGUACAAAUGACAUCUUAUGAGUUGGUGUAAUUGUACAAGUAGAAGAAUACACAGUUUAUCUGAACUAUACAGCUAGGCCCCAUUAAGAAUUUUGUUUUAAUAUUUAUAUAUAGAUGUACUUCAUGUUGAUUUCCAGUUAUACUCUAUAUGUAACUUUUAUUAUUGUAGGUUUAUUCUUGACAAUCUACCUGAAAUCAGAAAAUUAAUUGAUAUUAUGUUUAACAAAGAAAAGGAUGCAUUUGUUAUGAUAUUUCUUUUUUUAAGGCGUAUUAAUGCCAUCAUUAAUGAUGAUUAUAUGUGUUGUAGGAUAUUAUACCCAUGUAUGUGUUGUAGGAUAUUAUACCCAUGUAUGUGUUGUAGGAUAUUAUACCCACAGAGAACGAUUGUGACAGAGGGCGUGUGGAGUGUAGAGUGGUUGUGACAGAGGACUGUGUGGAGUGAGAACAAUUGUGACAGAGGAUGUGUGGAGUGGCGAACGGUUGUGACAGAGGAUGUGUGGAGUGGCGAACGGUUGUGACAGAGGAUGUGUGGAGUGGAGAACGGUUCUGACAGAGGAUAUGUGGAGUGGAAACGGUUGUGACAGAGGACGUGUGGAGUGGAGAACGGUUGUGACAGAGGAUGUGUGGAGUGGAGAACGAUUGUGACAGAGGAUGUGUGGAGUGGCGAACGGUUGUGACAGAGGACUGUGUGGAGUGGAGAACGGUUGUGACAGAGGACGUGUGGAGUGGCGAACGGUUGUGACAGAGGACCGUGUGGAGUGGAGAACGAUUGUGACAGAGGACGUGUGGAGUGGCGAACGGUUGUGACAGAGGACGUGUGGAGUGGCGAACGGUUGUGACAGAGGACGUGUGGAGUGUAGAGUGGUUGUGACAGAGGACCGUGUGGAGUGGAGAACAGUUGUGACAGAGGACCGUGUGGAGUGGAGAACGAUUGUGGCAGAGGACCAUGUGGAGUGGAGAACGAUUGUGGCAGAGGACGUGUGGAGUGGAGAUCGAUUGUGACAGAGUAUGUGUGGAGUGGAGAACAGUUGUGACAGAGGACCGUGUGGAGUGGAGAACGAUUGUGGCAGAGGACCAUGUGGAGUGGAGAUCGAUUGUGACAGAGUAUGUGUGGAGUGGAGAACAAUUGUGACAGAAUCUUAGUGAUUGGUUUGAAUACGAGUUGAUGUUGUUGAUGUGAGUGUCCCAUUUGAGAUAGCUCUGUAGUUAUAAUCUGAAGUACUUAUUGGAGUCAAUUUGUUGUAUGGUUGUAUUGGUUGUAUUGUACGGUUGUAUUGUAUGGUUGUAUUGGUUGUAUUGUACGGUUGUAUUGUAUGGUUGUAUUGGUUGUAUUGUACGGUUGUAUUGUAUGGUUGAAUUGUGGAGUUUCUAAGUGUUUUGUCUUUGAUGUAGAAAUGAUACUGGGGUAGAGGUUUACCGUAUGUGCCAGUUUUCUGCUGUGUUUAUAUAUAGUAUGCCCUGUUGUAUUGUUUAGUAUAUUAUAGUGUCUCGGCAAAGAGUCUGAGGAUGCUAAGUUUUCCGUUCUCAGGUAGGUUGUUGAUGUACAAAAGAAAUAAGAUGGGGCCUAAGCAGGUACUUUGGCACACAGCUGAUGUAACUGAGAUUGUAUCUGUUUUCCUUCUGGUACGACAAUUUGGGUGCUGUAUGAUAGGACAAUCUAUAGGAGUGUGUUCCCUGUUAUCCUGUUGUACUUAAAUUUGUAUGGUAGUCAUUUAUGUGGGACUUUGUCAGUUGUGAUGAUAUCUGUCUGUGUGCUUGUGUUACUAUUUUGUGCAAGGUCAUGGAUGACUGAUAUGAGGGUUUUUGAUAGGUUGGAUUAUAAGCAGUUUUUAAAAUAAUCUUGUUUUAUUAUUAUUAUUAGCUUUUAGCCAAAUUAUGUUGGUAGUAUCUUUAGUCCAUUGGGAUACCAUUUUUUUUUUUACAAAUAAAGGUGAUAAUUGUUGUCAGUGUAAUAUAUAGAGGCAAGAUCAAUAGGUGUGAAAUUGUCUGAUUUGUUUUCAGCAACAUCUCCUCCUAAAGUACUGGGCAUGUUUCAACGAAAGUGUACUUAGCCUGUGAGAAUGUUAAAUACAUGAAUUGAAGUAGCUAAGAUUCCCGGGGGGCUCUAGAUCUCUUCCUACAGUACUGAGCAGAUUUAUCAUUACUUCCAUAUUAGCCAGGUGAGUGAUUCAGACCCUUUGGCCUGAAAGAGCAUGACAUGAGAUGAGUGAAGGUACCAGCAAGAAAUAGUCUUCAAAUGUUUUGUUUUUUUAUAUAUAUAUAAAUGUAAUUUUUAUGCUACCUCCCAAAAAGUAUCCGAGACAUGAAAUUGUGUGUGAAUGUUGAUUCCUUGACAGCUUCUCUUGGAAGAAGAAUACCUUUGUUAAUUGUGGAUGAUUUGGUGACAAAUGCAAGUCUAGGAUGGUAAUGUCUGUAAACUGUUCAUUUAUGUAACCUGAACAUUGGACUUAUUACUUGUCUGUAAAUAUAUCUGUUUAUGUAUAUGAAAUACACAUCCAAAGAACAUCUGUUUGAUCAGGUCCACUAGUGUCCAUAUUGGACCAUAUACUGUCAUUACUAUUUAUGAGACCCUAUAAACAGUAUGUAAGGAAUGAAGUUUUAGCAGUAGUGUGUACACAUUGUCGGACAUAUCCUCUCCUUUAUCAAUAUAUAUACAGGAUAAAAAUUAGAAACAGUAAUCCCCUUGGCUAGUAUACCGUCUAGUCGUUAACUUUAGUGGGGUUGUGAUUUUGUGUCCGAAAGUUAUUCGCAGGCGUUGAAUUUUGCGAACACAAUUUCUGGAAGUGUAUUUUGGACUUUUUGUUUAUUUAUUUUUAUUUUAACUGUUAAUAGUUUUACAUAGUAUACUUCUUUGAAGACGAUGUUUUGACCUAGUAGCCUCAGCUCAACUUAUAUCACAGACAUGUGAAUUCUGGAUGUUAUGGCAACAAUCUCGAAAUAUGCAACGGGUUUUCGACCUUGGUUUCUUAGCAUGAAAUUAACAAAUCAUCAAGUGCCUGUGAUUCUCUUUUUGAUAUGAAAAUUAUAUAUCUUAAAAUCUAAAUAUACCUCAAUUAUUUGUUUUAUGGAUAAUUUCUAA